AUGCUGAGUUUCCAGCAGACUGGGCGGGCAGUUGGGGUGGCAGGGUUGGCAGAGGCCAGGUCCCUCACAGGCCCGGGCUCGGUCCCUGGACUGGCUCAGGGCGGCCGGAGAGGUGUCAGCCCCGCCCCCUCCCCGCCCCCUACACGAGUUCAAACUGGCGAGCCAGAGCCUGGGGACAUCGCGGUGCCUCUCGGUAGGCGAGCAACAGCACGUGCCUCUUUGAAGCCGCCUGAGAAGGUCUCCUCGCAGUUCACCUGGAGUAACUCUGCGUCCGAACGGCCCAGCCUUGUCGGUGAGUGGGACCAGAGAGAGAUCGGGAGAUGUUACGAGCUGUUCGCAGCUGCCUUGGGCAACCUGGAAUGGCUGCGGUUCUGCCUGAAUCCAGACCGUAGGGAAAUCCCCACAGAUUACAAGGGUUUCGCUGCCAUCCACUUUGCAGCCCAAAGCGGCCGGCUUGAAUGCCUGCAGGUCUUGGUAGAGGAGUUCAAGUUUCCUGUGGACCUGCCCACCAACAAUGGCCAGACACCACUGCACCUCGCCAUCCACAGGGGAAACAGGACCAUGGCCCUCCCCUGCCUCCACUACCUGCUUAAGAAGGGGGCGGCGCUCGACACUCAGAGGUCCGACGGCUCCACAGCCCUGCACCUGGCAGCCCGGGAGGGCCUGCUGAGCUGUGUGAAGGUCCUGGUGAAGAACGGUGCCAAUGUCCACGCCCGAGAUGCCAAGGGGUGCAAACCCAUCGACUAUUGCAGAAUACGGAACCACCGUGUCUGUGCUCGGUUCUUGAAGGAUGCCAUGUGGAAACGGGACAAGAAGGACUUCGCCUGUGAGAUGGGAAAACUGAAGAAGCUCAAAGGCCAGCUGGCCCUCAUGGAACAAGACUACCUGACUGAGCAGCAAAAAGAACACCAAACUCUGAGAGAAGCUGAUUUCAAGAAGUGGCUCCAACGCAAACUACUGCCCCAAGGCAAAUUUCUGAUCCACAACACUGAGCAAGAGCCGCAAGCUCCACCCUGGACCAUCCCCCUCUCUAAGACCCCCAAACCUCACAAGAGUUUCCACCCCUCUCCAGAGGUGUGCCUGCAACAGAUACCACAGCCCAAGCUGAAGCCCUUGGUGACACCCACACCCAUCUACAAGCAGCCCACAGUCAGACGGCCCAAGCUGUGGAAUCUUAGCAACAACCCUGUCAGGUCCCCCAGAACCCAGAUCGGCUACCCGCAGGGCAUCUGCCUGGGUGUGCACCCAGACCCCAGCCCCGAGCAUGACUUCGGCAGAUUCCUCGAGGUCAGGUCUGAUGGGCAUGGUGGUGCGCAGUUGCACACGGUGGCUGGCAAGCAGGUGGCACCUGUGCCUCGGCUGCCUUUAGAGGUGAUAGUCCGCGAGCUGUACCCUCAGGUGCGGCCGUGCAGGAUGAAGGUGCCCCAGGGCUUCCAUUCUGUCAGCAUGAGGGAUGUGGCCCGGAAGCGCUACUUGGGUGACAACACCUUCUGGACCGACACUCUGGCCAUGAACCUGCGUGAGACAUUUGACGAAGACUUCCUGGCAGCAGUGCGAGCUCAUCAAGGACUCCCCAUUCUGCCCUCCCCCGAACCUCCCUCAUAA